UACAUAUAAUAAUUUGCAAAUAGUUUAUAGCAUUUUAAGUGCGAAAACCUAGUAAAUUAAGCAGACUGUUUAUUUUAAUUUCAGUAUUCAUGUUUGCUUUAAGUCAAACUAGUAUUACAUCAUGGAUAUAACACCAAAUGAAUUGUCAAAUCGUGAUAAUUUGUUAUGCUGCCGCGCCUGUCUGUCCACCGAACGGAGACUGUUCAAUAUCCAUGAAUCCAAGCUUACCGACGCCUUUUCUUACAUCUCAGGGACUCCUGUGUACCAAGACUAUCUCCCUCAGUUCCUGUGCACUUUCUGCCGUGCCUUGCUGAUCAAAUGUGCUUCCUUCAGAGAGAUAUGUCUUCGUACACAGCACACCCUCAUGCCGGAGCAAUACAAGCAAGGGGUGAAUACAGAGUAUAUCCGCAGCACACCCUCUCAUAGCAUCUACAACCUAACUAUAACUCAAUUAGAACCUCAAGAAUGCCUAGACACGGCACCCUCUCUAUCUGACGUAGACAUAAAAGUUGAACCAGACAUAGACAUCGUUGACAUAGACAGUAUUAUAAAGAAUGAUCUGAAAAUAGAAUUAGAAAAAGAAGAAAUUAAUGAUAAAGAUAAAGAUAUAAUUUUUAUAAAAGAUGUUGAAAGCACUAAAAAGAAAAAGAGGAAAAGGUCUACAGGUAAGAAGAAUAAUAAAUCAGAAGAUGACUAUGAUGAACUAGAUGAUAGAGAUGAUGACAGUAUUGUCAGUUUAGAGGAUAAAAAAGACCUAUAUAUGGAACUUGAAGAUAUUAAUGAUGUAGAUGAUGAUAAUGUAUAUAGAAAAAAUGGUAAAUCUAAAGUGAAGAAAAAAGAAAGAAAAGGAAAGAAGGCUGUUGCAGUUAAAAAUAAUAAAAACAAAGUUGUUCGCCCAAAAGAGGUUACAAAGAGGACAGGAGCGAAAUAUCCCAGGGAUCCCACAAAUGAUAUGCCACUGUUCGAUUUUGAUAAGUUUGAGAAAUUACACGCAGUACAAAUUGUUACUUUGAGCAAGGAGGAGCAGCUGGAAGAGAUCGCUUCGCGCAAGAAGUCCCGCAACUUCCUGGAGUCCCGGUUCCGGUGCGAGGACUGCGGGAAAGGCUUCGACGCGGAGGCCGCCUACAACAACCACCUACUGCGGCAUAGCCUUAGCAUGGGCCAGCAUCCCUGUGAGAUCUGUUCCGUUCGCUUCAAGCUGAAGUGCCGUCGCCAGCAGCACCAGGACCUGCAUCGGCUCAAGUUCCUCUGCAAGGAGUGCAGUUUCGUCUCCAGAACCAGGAGUCAAGCAAAAAGACAUAACGCAAUGCACGCAGGCAAAACUUACGAGUGCCAACACUGCGGGAAGACGUUUAAGAUGAGUUCGACGUACCUGACGCACGUGCGGCGCGCGCACGCCGCGCUGAACGUGGCGUGUGACGUGUGUGGAGAGACCUUUGUAGGGGAAAAGGGGCUCAAGCUUCACAAGAAGAGGACGCACUCUGAGAACAUGCCGCUAAGGCUCAAAUGCCCUAUCUGCUCAGCUAACUUCUACAGCUUAGAAGCGCUGAACACACACACAGACACGGCCGGCGAGCACACAGACCUGCGGCCGUGCGAGCAGUGCGGCGAGAACUGUGCGAGCGAGGACGCGCUACAGGAACAUGUUGGAGAGAUGCAUCCGUCGGAAUUACGUCGGUGUGAAGAGUGCGGACUGACGUUUCCCUCUGCGGCCUCCUACGACACCCACCACCGUCGCAAGCACCUGCAGCGCUACAAGGACGGACGGAAUGUUCAGCGCAAGCGCCGCGUCCCCCGCGUCCCGCCUCCCCGCGGGCAGUUCGUGUGCGAGCAGUGCGGACGUAUACUGCCGGUAUGUACUGUCUCACUCUAUCAUACACCUGCAGCGCUACAAGGACGGACAGAAUGUUCAGCGCAAGCGCCGCGUCCCCCGCGUCCCGCCGCCCCGCGGACAGUUCGUGUGCGAGCAGUGCGGACGUAUACUGCCGGUAUGUACUGUCUCACUCUAUCAUACACCUGCAGCGCUACAAGGACGGACAGAAUGUUCAGCGCAAGCGCCGCGUCCCCCGCGUCCCGCCGCCCCGCGGACAGUUCGUGUGCGAGCAGUGCGGACGUAUACUGCCGGUAUGUACUGUCUCACUCUAUCAUACACCUGCAGCGCUACAAGGACGGACAGAAUGUUCAGCGCAAGCGCCGCGUCCCCCGCGUCCCGCCGCCCCGCGGACAGUUCGUGUGCGAGCAGUGCGGACGUAUACUGCCGGUAUGUACUGUCUCACUCUAUCAUACACCUGCAGCGCUACAAGGACGGACAGAAUGUUCAGCGCAAGCGCCGCGUCCCCCGCGUCCCGCCGCCCCGCGGACAGUUCGUGUGCGAGCAGUGCGGACGUAUACUGCCGGUAUGUACUGUCUCACUCUAUCAUACACCUGCAGCGCUACAAGGACGGACAGAAUGUUCAGCGCAAGCGCCGCGUCCCCCGCGUCCCGCCGCCCCGCGGACAGUUCGUGUGCGAGCAGUGCGGACGUAUACUGCCGGUAUGUACUGUCUCACUCUAUCAUACACCUGCAGCGCUACAAGGACGGACAGAAUGUUCAGCGCAAGCGCCGCGUCCCCCGCGUCCCGCCUCCCCGCGGGCAGUUCGUGUGCGAGCAGUGCGGACGUAUACUGCCGAACGCGACGCUGCUCCGGUACCACCAGCGCACGCAUCAAGACGUGAAGCCUUACGCCUGCACAGAGUGCCCGAAGACCUUCGCCCUAAAAUCCUCCUUAAACUUCCACAUGCGAUCCCACACCGGCGAGAGGCCGUUCCAAUGCCCGCUGUGCCCGCUCGCCUUCACCGUUAAGGCUAACCUCAACCGGCACCACAGGACAGCGCACUUGAAGCUCCACCCCCGCAUCCCGUGCUCGAUCUGCGGGCGCGUGUUCACCACCAACUCCUGCGUGCGCGUGCACAUCAACACCGUGCACCACGGCCAGCCCGGACCCAAGCGGGACCGGCGCAAGCGCAAGAAACCUGACUCACCCUGUACGAUCUCUAGUCUUACACAAUAAUGUAACUUGACUCGCCCUGGACGA